AUGUUUGCAACUUGGAAAUACGACCGCGACACCUCCGAGGUGCAAAACAUUCGUCUCGCGUAUGAUCCCAUCUCUGCUCGAUCGAGUCAACAUCAAGCGUGCGACCGCUGCCAUGAGAAAAAGGUAAGCCUCUCACCACAGGGCGACGAGUUUUUAAAAUGCAGCGGUGAAAAGAACGGUUGUGAUCGCUGCGUCUCCAGCGCCCAUGCUUGCGUCUACAAUCGCAGCGAGGCACGAUGCUCUCGCCGGGGCAAGAGGGGCAGCAGCCGGUGCUCGACCGAUGGUGGUAGCGCCAUUGACGACUCGCUGAGCCGGAACGCCAGUAACGCGGGGUCGCCCUCGCGACGAAGCACACAGGCGGGGCAGCAGAACCGCGUCCGCAAGGGCUCCCAGUCACGGCGCAAGUCGACCUGCUCCUCGGCCGCGCAGUCGCGCUCGUCGACGGAGCCCGACGCCGACUUCACAUCGCCCCGCGCCUCGGCCGCCCCCUCCGUCACAGGCAGCCCCUACUGCCUCGCCGCCAGCUUCGCCACCAUUUCGGAGAGCGGCGACUUCGAGGCCGCCCUCGCCAGCCCCUACGACGCCGGCCUGGCCGCGCACCAGCAACAGCAGCACCUCCCAUACUCGAUGCACUACCACGACUGCGGGUACCAGUCGGGCGCUGUCUGGCCCGACGCCUACCCGCGUGAUCCGAGUACGUCGGCGGGCAUGAGCAACUCGUUCCUCUCUACUACGUCGAACCCGCACGCAUUCACGGUCCUGACACCGCCCGACGAAUAUAUGCAGUUUCAGGCCUUUGCCAGCCUGCAGACUGCUGGUGCUGAUCUCUGGCCCUACCACCGCUAG